AUGUCCAAGGCACCCAUGCCUCACUUCCCUAACUUCCAGAAAAGACCCCUGGCUCCUGAUCUCAAGGAAUUAUACCAACGGGCCAUCGACGACUCCACAGCUCUCACCCCCGCCGAAUUGCACCGCAUUUUAAGGCGGCCGCCACCGGAAGAGGAGGACCAGAUCUGCCGGGACCGCACCGGAUUGACGAGGCAACAAAUCAUUGCGAAAGCGCUUACGGAGCCGGAAACCCUUUCGAAGACGGAGCGCCAAAUCAUCGCACAAGGUGUCCUGUACGAUAGCUCAGACAUGUCCAGCGCGUGGUACGUGCCCUUGCUCGAACUCGAAAGUGAAGAUCGGGAGUUGGCAUAUUCGGCUCGGGGUAAAGCGAAGGGAGCUCUUGGGAACGAGAAAGACGAGGACACUGCUCUCGAAAAUGUCAUGAAGCUAAGCAGUGCCAGGGCGCAGGAGGCUCGGGAGAAGCGGAGGCGUGCCAAGGAGCAGGAGAGAGAAGCGUUGGAGGCCUGCAGGGCGUUGCCUCGGCCUCGGUGGAUCCAGGAGCUUCUCGAUGCGGGAUACGGAGAUCGGCGCUGGGGUUUUGUGUGUUUCCGGACGGCGUACGAAGCGGACGGCGUGGGUGACGAGAUUUGGGACCGUUUCAAGACGCUCUACCACGGCGAAAUCGCCAAGACGGUUUUGGUGAGAACUUGGAAACGCGAUGGACCCAAGCUCUACGAUACGCACGAGAGUCUCUUUAUCUCGGCGCCAGAGCUGGACGGCAUGUCGGGUGAAGACUUACGAUCCAAGUUUCGGUUGAUGAGGAGCAAGGGGGAAAUUCCAAAAGAGAUGCGGCUUGGUUGUCUCUUGGUUGCCGACGCGGGGGUCCUAAAAGCUGAGUGGUUGUCCGAGGCGAGCCCGUUCCCAAACAGGAACAGCACGUUCAUCAAGGCCAUGGACCCCGAUUAUGAAGUCGCCUCCGAGCGUGUCGAAGGGGGGUUUGCCGGGGAAAUAAAGAUGCCCUUGCAUAAGGUGUUCGACUGGUUGCAUUAUACCUUGUUCGCAAAGUCUGAGACGUGGGAACAGAGGUAUGUGCAGACAAAGCAGCGAUGGGCGUUGCCUCCGAGCGAGUUUUGCCCGUAUCCAGUGUACCAUGUCGAUGUCAUGGGUAUGUAUCCGUGGGCCGCGAAGGAACAUGUCGACCCGACAUAUCAUCGACAGUACGUUGAACUUGUAGUCAGUAAGUAUAGGGCUCUGACUAGCAAGUGA